AUGCAAAGAUCGACAUUUGUUUAUGCAAAAAUUUCUGGUGUACUUGGUAGGACAUUCAAAGCCUCAAAACAGACAGAUGCAAGAAAGAUGAAGAAAGCGACUCAAGAGAGUAUCCAAGUUGAUGGUAGUGAGUUGGAGGAAGAAGAACAGAACUCCGGUAAAAUAAUGAAGAUUUCGAAGCUGCAUCACCUUUUCAAGGCGAUGUUUCACUUCUUGAAGUUUAACAUCUUUCAAUUGAAUGUCUUUUACUUGUUGAUGACAAUCUUCCAACCUUACUUUUGUUUACCUUCAGUAAAAAGCAUAAUUGAAGCCAGUCUGUGUCGGAAAAUUGUCUCGUCACUUCCAUAUAUUUUUGUUGAUCACUACGUUUUCGAAGCGCUUGUGGGUUAA